GUUUAUUUUUACGAGCUUACAACAGUCUCAUUGAAAAUGUAGAAUGCAUCGUUUUAAAUAUGAUUGGCUAUCCCAAUGAAUAAAGAUCGAAGGUGUUGUGAAAUGCCACACCUAAUAUGUCACAACCUAGGGCACAACCAACGCCACAAAUUUCUCCACAUGGAUUCCUCUUCAUCAUAACGCCUGGCCUGGCAACGUAAUAAAGCUGGAGGAGCGUAAAGAAGGUAGGUAUGCGAACAGCACUCAGCAGGCCACGGAGGACGACGUGCGGGAGCCAGUCAGUGUCAUUAGAGGCCUGUAAUUUCAUCAAACUCUGACAUUUCCCUUUUUGCCACCUAUUUUGCUGCUUGACCCGGGUGAUCUCGCCGGCAGCGAGAUUCCGAUCGAUCGCCCAAAAUCAUGGCGUCGUUGUCGUUGUCCGUUGACGGCGAAGGCGAAGGCGACGACGACGAUUACCGGUGGCUGGAGACGGCCAGUUUUUCGAUUAGAUCACCGCGAGCGCGUGCUGAGAAAUGCGUCCAGCAGGAGCUUAUUCGGGCCAGUGAAAGGAGACACCGCCCCAGGAAGGAUCGCUAUCUGCGUGCGGUGGGAAGCAAGUGGUGGAGAAACUCGGCCCUCCGGCGGAAGAGUUUGCUGCUGAAAGAGGCACACAAGUAUCUCCCGCAGUGUGACGAACUGCUGCAGAAUGCCGCCGACCUGUACAUUGCGAGAAAACUGCAAAAUCGAACAUUUCCGCUGAAAAUAUCCGAAUUCCAACAGUUUGACAAAAUAGUACAGGACACCAUUCAACAGUUUACCCAGCAACCAGCUUCGGUUCAUAAACAAUACGUCCGUGAAGUUGUACUCUCAAAAUUCAAGCAAACUUAUACCUGCUCGGACCCUUUUCAACUCCUACUAGCUCUACAUUGGAGACAUUGCUCUGCCAAUCUAAUCCAUCGGAAUGGAAGCACCAAAUUAGACACCGACAUCGACAUAGGCCCAUUCGCGCACAACAUCGAGCGAGCCGAAGCCGGUGAAGAAGCGGACCCAACCCGGUUGCGGCUGAUAUCUUGGAACAACUGCGUCACCGAAGCGCGCAAUCUGUGGAAACUGAUGAGCCCCGAUCAGAAGCUUCCGUUCUUCGUGCAGGCCUACAUGGCGUCGCAUCUUCCAGCGAGCGUGGAUCAAGCGUUGUUGUGAUUGUUACAUUGGCGUGUGCGGCUGGUGUAAUUGGAGUGCGGCUUUUGUUUGGUCUUACUUUUCGGCGUCUUUGGUCAAUAACGGAUAAUUAGUGUGUCAGAAGUGUUGAAGGCUGCAUAAAUGCAUGGUCCAAUGGCACACUUUAACGCUGUCGAAUAAGUUCAAGCGGCAUUUAGCGGCAUUCGGCUCCAUAGCAGAAGAUAAUCUUAUUUCGGAUAUAUGGGGUUGAAAUAGGAAAAUUUGGAAAGAUUAUUUGAAAUACUGUUCCACUGCUGAAUUCAAGUCUCCAGAGAAAAAAUAAAGCGUUAACACUAUGGAGCAAUAAACAUGACUAUGUAUUA